UCCGGCGUCGGGAAAAGUGAGAGUCGGAUUUUCUCAGUCCUUCGAUUGCAUCCUGGUGGCCUCUACACUGGUCACAUUUGGGAAGAAAUGUCUUCUGUAAAAAGAAGUCCAAAGCAAGACAUAAUUUCUGAAUUUCACAGCUCAGCUGCAGAAGGAGAUACUGCCAAGUUAACAAGAAUACUCAGUCAUUCUCCAGCUCUUCUCAAUGAAACGUCUGAAAAUGGCUGGACUGCUUUAAUGUAUGCUGCAAGGAAUGGGCACCAAAAUGUUGUCCAAAUUCUGCUUGAGAAAGGGUGUGACAGGUCAAUUGUCAAUAAAUCAAGUCAGACUGCACUGGAUAUUGCUGUAUUUUGGGGUUAUAAGCAUAUAGCUAACUUACUAGCUAAUGCUAAAGGUGGAAAGAUGCCUUGGUUCCUAACCAAUGAAGUGGAAGAAUGUGAAAAUUAUUUUGGCAGGACACUACUGGACCGGAAAAGUGAAAAAAGAAAUAAUUCUGAUUGGCUGUUAGCUAAAGAAAGCCAUCCAGCCACAGUUUAUAUCCUUUUCUCAGAUUUAAAUCCCUUGGUUACUCUAGGUGGCAAUAAAGAAAGUUUCCAACAGCCGGAAGUCAGGCUUUGUCAGCUGAACUACACAGAAAUAAAGGAUUAUUUGGCUCAGCCUGAGAAGAUCACCUUGAUUUUCCUUGGAGUAGAACUUGAAAUGAAAAAAAAGUUACUUAAUAAUGCUGGCGAUGUCCCAAGAGAAGAAGAUGAUGGAUUGGUUGCCUGGUAUGCUUUAGGUAUAGAUCCUAUUGCUGCCGAAGAAUUUAAGCAAAGACAUGAAAAUUGUUAUUUUCUUCAUCCGCCAAUGCCAGCUCUUCUGCAAUUGAAAGAAAAAGAAGCAGGGGUUUUAGCUCAAGCAAGAUCUGUUCUUGCCUGGCACAGUAGGUAUAAGUUCUGCCCAACCUGUGGAAGCUCAACUAAAAUCGAAGAAGGUGGCUAUAAAAGAGUAUGUUUAAGCGAAGACUGUCCUAGUCGCCAUGGUGUUCAUAAUACAUCAUAUCCAAGAGUUGAUCCAGUGGUAAUCAUGCAAGUUAUUCAUCCAGAUGGGACCAAAUGUCUGUUAGGCAGGCAGAAAAGAUUUCCCCCAGGCAUGUUUACUUGCCUUGCUGGAUUUAUUGAACCUGGGGAGACAAUAGAAGAUGCUGUUCGAAGAGAAGUAGAAGAAGAAAGUGGAGUCAAAGUUGGCCAUGUUCAGUACGUCUCUUGUCAGCCAUGGCCAAUGCCGUCCUCCUUAAUGAUUGGUUGCUUAGCUGUGGCAGUGUCUACAGAAAUUAAAGUUGACAAGAAUGAAAUAGAGGAUGCCCGCUGGUUCACUAGAGAACAGGUAAAGUUCAAUUUAAUUUCCUUCUUCUAUUGA